AUGCCGCCAAAGAAUUCUAGGAAGAAAGGGAUGGGGCAAGAGAGAUUUGUGAGGAAUUUUAUUGAUCUAGUGCUCGAUCCGACCUCUAGGUCCUUUCCUGAGUUGGUUCGAAGACAAACUGCUAUGAAGAAGAGAAAAGCCACUACUGAGCCAUCUACAGAUGAGGCUAGAGGGACUCAAAUUUGGAAGACUCAGAUGAGAGCUCAUGGUAGGGACAUUCAUUCGAGAGGUUUGACGGUUGAUGAUGUCGAUGUAGUGACUAAGAGACCCUCCAGGCUUCACUCAAAGAAGUUGAGGACAAGGCUUAUGAUGAAGGCUUUGAGAAAGAUGAGAAGGCUACAACGGAACAGAUUCUUGUGUAAGAAAGGAUGGUAUUUUGUUGUGGUGGAGGCUAAGGCCCUUGCCGACCCUAGGCUCUUCUCAAAGCAUGUUGUGACCAUCCCUUCUCCUUAG